AUGAGUGACAUGCGGGUCUCAACACAAAAACCUUCCUCCAAUAGAGACAACAGUAGCAGUAGCUACAAUGUGUGUUUACUUCGCCUCUGUUUGUGGUUUGCGGCACUUUCAAACCGCAAGCAGAGGCGCCGAUCAUCGCUUUGCAGCAUAAACACACUGCCAUUACAUUACCCACCAACUCAAACAACACAUCCUCCUGUCAAUGAUGUUUUCGAGGCGACAAAAGCCAAGUCAUCUGCGGCGAACAGAGCACUGAAAGUGGAGCGUGAAAAAUCCUUUUCUGUGCAAGAGAGACUUGUACGAUCCUAUGGAAGCUCCCGAAUUGCUCAGCCACUCAUUGAUCGAGCUCAUCGACUCCUCGAGUCAUCCAACAAGAGGAAUCCUCCCAAACGCAGCUUCAAGACCACUAGUGAUCACUUUAGAGAUCCUACAGGUCUAAUUCCCCCUUGCAAGCGCUCCUCUCAGUCUCUGCCUCAAAAAUCGCAACAUCUUCCACCACUGCCUGGGUUUCUGACCAAAGAAGACAUUCUACUGCGAAAUCAUAUGUUUCAAUCAUUCGCUGCACCGCCACCUCCACCACCCCCACCACCACCUCCACUGUCCUCCCUAGACCCCCAACUUAAUUUUCAUGCACAGCCCACAGCGCCUAGUUUUUCAAUGCCAAGUCUGCUAUCAAGAGCGACCCCACCCCCACCACUACCCAUGACCUCUAUGUCAAGUUUGAUUGGCGCACUGGCAGCGUCACUGGCUGUUCCACCACCACCACCACCACCUCCUCCACCACCGCCACCACCCUCAAUGAACAGCAUCCAGGAUUUGUCGUUAAACAGUCGAGAGGUGAAAUCUCCCACUCCACUACCACCACCACCAAAGUCAAAAACUAAUGGAAACAUUCUGAGUGUUGAACGAUUGCUGAGUGGAUCGAAUCCGAUGACGUCUCCACCAGACAAGAGGCAGGAAAGUCAAGCUUCUCCAUCUUCCACAUCUUCUGCCUCCUCUGCUGCAAUCUCUCCGAAACUGGUCAACUUCCACCCACCGAUGCAAACUUGCGUAUCAUCACCACCAGUGGCAAUGACAUCGACUUUUGACACGGCUUCAGUACUCUUCAAGAACCUUCUGGCUGCGGCAACUUCAACGUCACCACAGCAGACACUGCCACACCGAGGUUUCAUUCCACCGCCACCAUUGACGUGGAUGAAGUUACUGCAUCGAACAGAAGGGGCCCCCGCCACCAACGGUGCGGCCCUAAUGAUGAAUCGGCUAUUCGGUGGUGGAGGUGGCAGUGGUUCAGGAUGGUGA